GCUGGCAAAAGGAAAGUUUCUUUGCUAAUAAGUAAUAAGUAUCCCAAUAGUUAAAUACAAUAAUAGUAUUAAACAUCAUUUCAAAGAAGAAGUAGCCCAUGUUUAAGCCAUGGUCGUUUCGUUACCUAAGCCUAGCGAUAUUAUAAAUACUAAUUCUUUUGCACACAUAAUGCGUCCCAUCAUUGUAAAAUUAACACAUAUUUCUGAUUUUUUUCGAUCAGAUACAUGUAUAUACACACAUAUUAUUUGAUAAAACAGAAAUGAGGACUUCACUGGCAUUUUCUUGUUCAUUGAUUGUACUCCUAUUGUUACUCUCUCAGCCUUUGCCAAUUUCAUCUGAAAAUAAGGAGAGUGAACGAAGACUUGCACAACACGGUGACUCCAAUCCGUUGGAUCAUCAUGACUCUCUUCGAGUUUUCAUGAGGAAAGCUCGUUUUGGUGGUGUUGGUGGUGGUAGUCGUGGUGGUGGUCGUAGCCACCGUCGUGUCCCCAGUAGUGGUCAUGGUGCGGGUGGAUCAUCCGCUACUAGUCGACCUUGUCUCUCGAUGGCAUUGCGCUACGGUUCCACGGUCGCGAGCUCAAUUCUGUUGAUGUUCUUCGCCUUCUAAUUAAACUCUUUUUUUUUUUAACCUUUCAAUUUAAUAAUUUAAUUUGUGCCUUGCGAAAACACUAUGUCAACAACCUGAUGCAUAAGCACACAUAGCAGGAGGGUUCAUAAGCUGAUAACAGAAGAAACUUUCAAUAUUGCAUAUAAAUGACACACAAACGUUUUCAAAUCUCUGAAAACAACUGCAAAGCAACUUUAUUGGUACAAGUCAAAGCAACACAGUUCCAAAGAAACAGAAAUCAAGCAGAGUAGAUGGGGCGUCUGUAUUCAUCAAA